AUGCGCUGCCGGGGGCCGCCAGCAGAGGGCGCCAGCGGCUCAGAGGCCGCUCCUUCCGGCGUCUCGACGGGCCGCGGGGCGGAGCGACGUCAUCUCGCGAGAUUCUCGCCUUGUAGGCGCCGGCCGCCCAGCAUGGCGGACUCGCUGCUGCUGCCCAAGCGGGGCCCCGGCCGCCCGACUUGGCUGCGGGUCCGCAAGGGUUUUACUUUUAGCGGGAUCUGUCGUGUGACAUGCCUCUAUGGCCAGGUGCAGGUGUUUGGUUUUACCAUCAGCCAAGGCCAGCCUUCCCAAGACGUCUUUUCUACCUAUACUCACACUUUCCUGACUAUCAAUGCAGUUCAUUACUCGAUGCCUGAGAAAAGCAGGAAGGAGAUGAAAAGGGAAGCCCGGACUUUGCUCAGAUCUCAUCUUAAUCUGGAUGACAGAUGUUGGGCAAUGAAGAAUUUUUCUCCUCUGUGUUCCAUUGUGAUGCUAGAACAUCUGAAAACCUCCACUGUAAACUUCAUAACUAGCUAUCCAGGUUUAUCUCACGUUUUCGAACAAGAGAAUCGGACUUGCAAGAUUAAUUCCGAAUAUUUGGCGUUGACAUCUGUUGGCAUCAAAAAAGAAAAGAAAAGAAAAGGCCUUCAUUUAACUGAGAGUGCCCUUUCGGCGCUGGAAGAGUUGGUCAGUGUUUCCUGUGAAGAAGUAGAUGGCUGCCCUGUCAUUCUGGUUUGUGGCCCUCAGGACAUUGGAAAGUCAACAUUUAAUAGAUACCUGAUUAACCAGUUGUUAAAUAGUAUUUCCUGCGUUGACUAUUUGGAAUGUGAUCUGGGACAGACAGAAUUUACUCCUCCUGGUUGCAUUUCCUUAUUUAACAUUACAGAACCAAUUCUGGGACCACCUUUCACCCACCAAAGGACACCACAGAAGAUGGUAUAUUAUGGGAAACUUUCUUGUAAAAGCAACUGUGAGAGUUAUAUUGAGAUCAUAAAAUAUGUGUUCAGCUCUUACAAGAGAGAGGCCCCUCUCCUCAUCAAUACGAUGGGCUGGGUAGCAGAUGAAGGGCUUUUGCUUCUCAUCGAUCUCAUCCGGUUGCUGUCUCCCAGCCACGUCGUUCAGUUCAGUUCUGCUUCCAGUAAAUUCAUGCCAAACCUCACUCCGGAAUAUGUAGACAGUGUGAAUGGCUUGUACACCAAAAGCAGGCGCAGAAUGAGAAAUCGAGGUUUCCCACUUGCAGAAUUUGCAGAGAAUUUGGAAUUUGCUGAUGAAGAAAAGGAGAGUCCAGUCAUGUUUACUGGACAUAAACUGAUAAGCGUUCAUUCGGAGUUUACAUUCAGAAUAACUUCAAGAAAUAGACAGUCACAUAACAGAAUUCUUCGUGAGCUGGCAGUGUUAGGUUACCUUGGCCAGCUGCAGCCCCCAGUGCCAAAACCACUGAGUCCUUUACAUGGUCUGACACCCUAUCAGGUCCCUUUCAAUGCUGUUGCCCUCCGGAUUACUCACUCUGAUGUCGCCCCUACCCAUAUAUUGUACGCUGUGAAUGCCAGCUGGGUCGGUCUUUGCAAGAUUCUGGAUGAUGUCAGAGGAUACACCAGUGGGCCCAUCCUUCUUGCCCAGACCCCAAUCUGUGAUUGUUUGGGGUUUGGGAUCUGUAGAGGCGUCGACAUGGAGAAGCGCCUGUACCUCAUCCUCACCCCCGUGCCCCCGGAGGAGCUAAGAACUGUGAACUGUCUGCUUGUAGGAGCCAUUUCCAUUCCACAGUGUGUCUUCAAGAACCAGCGUUGCGAGGGGACAGUGCCUUAUGUCACAACAGAUUACAAUUUUAAACUUCCUGGAGCAUCAGAGAAGAUUGGAGCAAGAGAAACUAGGGAAACACAUAAAGGGAAAUCAUACCCAAAACCUAAUUUCCAUUGAAAAAUAAACUGAUACUCAUGUUUUUAAUAAGGGAAGAAACUUUUCUGUCAGAAAGCUUUGUCUCAAGCUGACAUCAGCAGACUUAGUGGGGUUGUAGGGCUGUGAAUGGAGCUCUUAUGUAGCACAGCUUUCUGUGUAACUCGUGAAUGUGUGACAUAGCAAAUACUUUCAAGUUUCUCUCUUAAAGCUACGUGAUCUAGAAUUUUG